AUCAGACCAGCCGCUCGCCCGGGGCACCGCUCUUUCUACUCUCUCUCUUUCUCUGUUCGUCUGUCUUUCGCUGAUGCGGUCGCGCUGGGGCUGAUGCGGGCGCCGCCAUGCCGCGCUGCCUCAUGGCCAAGAAGUGGAAGGCGGCCCCGGCGACGGAGCUGGCCGAUGAGUCGGAGGAGGAGAUCGACGUGGUCGGCGAGGGGCGCGGCCGGAGCCCCGCGCCCGCGGCCACGGCGCCGGGGCCCUCGCCCAGGGACCCCGAACCCACGCUCCUCUACAAUGGUUACACCGAGGAGCAGCCUUCCACGCAGUUCACGGCCCAGCUGCCCAGCGAGCUGAGUCCGGCCGCCCCCGCCCCCGCGCCUCUCUCCACUCCGCAGCCCUCUCAGCCUCUCUCUUACGCUCUUCUGCAACUCUCCGCCUCCGACUCGACUGAACCGCCCUUCCUCCAAGUGCAGCUCCAGUCUUCGCCUGUCUCCCCCCCACCGCCACCGGCGAGCGGCAAGUCCAUUUCCAUGUGCUACACCAGCACCGGCGCCCUUCUUUCUCUGCCGCCGAAGAAAAAGGAUAUUUACCGCCCCUACUGCCUUGGCGACCGGGCCGCGCACCUACAUCGUGCCGAAGAAGAUCUCAACGCAGCGCAUGCCAUCCUCGAUCUCAGUCAACAUGCGGUCUACCUUACGACACCGCCCCCUCCGCCGCCGCGGGUGGAGCCUUCGCCCCCCGAGCCUCCGCCGCCACCGGAGCCGCCUGCACAGGAACAGCCUUCUGAAAGACCGCGCGAAACUGUUGCCUACACCUAUGACGCAUUUUUCGUCAGUGAUGGCCGCUCCAAACGCCGCAACUACGCCAGCGCGCCGGUCGAAAGUGCUCAACAACCGGAACCAAAAUCAAAAUAUACGUGCAGCGAGUGCGGCAAAAGAUACGCGACGUCUUCUAACCUGUCGCGUCACAAACAGACGCACCGCAGCCUGGACUCGGUGGCGGCGAAGCGUUGCGGCGAAUGCGGCAAGGCGUAUGUGUCGAUGCCCGCGCUCGCCAUGCACGUGCUAACUCACCAGCUGUCGCACGUGUGCGGGGUAUGCGGCAAGCUGUUUUCGAGACCCUGGUUGCUACAGGGCCAUUUGCGCUCCCACACAGGCGAGAAACCCUAUGGGUGCGCCCACUGCGGGAAAGCGUUCGCGGACCGCUCCAAUCUGCGCGCACACAUGCAGACCCACUCCUCCGACAAGAACUUCGAGUGCGGGCGCUGCCACAAGACAUUCGCGCUGAAAAGCUACCUCAACAAGCACCAGGAGUCAACGUGCGUCCGAGACGAGGACUCUUCACCGCCUGAAGCGCCCGCCUUGGCCUCCGGCUAGCCGCCGCCCGAGCCCCACGAAACUAGGGACCGUACCGACGCCGUAAGAUUUAUAAAUUAACGUAAAGUAUUAAUAUGAAUUUAGCUUGUUAGCGUAAUAUAAUAAAUUUACAAUGAAACUAGGAGCGCCGGCGACCGCCUGGCCGCCACGCUUCGAAAUCGAGCAACGUUUCGCAAACAACGAAUCACGUACGACCCCGUAGAACCGCUACCGCGGAUAUAGGCCGUAGCGACGGACGUCCCGAUGCGUUAACUUUAAUGUAUAUAUUCGUCGAUAAAUAUACCCCUAUAUACAUAGAAGUAUUGAAAUAUGAAUGAAAGUAAUAUCUUUUGUAGGUGAUUUUUACAACCGCAAAGUAGGUUUAGAGUAUACCGUAAGUUUAGCUACGAAAUGAGAAAGCCGAGCGCCGAGUUCGCGUGUGGAGGGGCCGUCUCGGUGAGCAACUUGCCAAAACUUUCCGUCCGAAGCUCCCACACGCCGCCGCGCCGCGCCGCACCGCGCCGCAUCGCAACAGUGCCUUAGCGGUAGGGAUGGGUGAUACGACCAUAUUACACAUCGACCAGGUAACGCACGCAGAAUGUGUGAUGUUUUAACAUCAAUAAUUUUAUGAGCAUAAAUUGUCAUUUUUCAGGAAUACUUACUUUAUAGAACGUCGAAGUGGUAGAAUAUAGUCGUGAUUCGACGAUAGUGGUUUCAGCUUAAUUUUUCAGCUUUGUAGUUGAAUACGACAAUUAUAUCACUCACCACUACAAAGCGGGGAGCGCGCGCCGCCACCGCCCGCCGAUCAAAUGUUUGAAUUAUUUUAUUAAAAGUGUUUAGACCUGCAACGUCCACUCCAAGCGAAAGCUAGCUAGUCUAUCGGAAAAUCCAUGAAACGCGGUUACUUUAUUUCGGAAUAAACGCUCUUAAUGACUUUUACUAAGAUCACUUUUUGGGCCUUGGGCCAACUUAAGCUAUUAAUUGUAUUUUUAUGUCUCUUCUCAAAGAUCUGUUCAUAUUAAUUUUAUUUUUAUAAAAUAACCUUCAGAAUAACUUUAAAACUGAAAAUUCAAACGAAGAUAAUAUAGAUCUUGAAAAUUAUAUGAAAAAAUAGAAGGCGAUCGGCGGGCGUCUAAGGCGACGAAGGGGCAAGUUCGCACGACAUUGUACAGCGAGCAUGCCUUUGGUUGUCGUUCGUACUAGACAGGCGAACCACGGGCAAUAACUAUAGCAAGCUAGACCUAGACACAUACACGGAAUAGUAUAUACUCCGUGGACUGGAGAUGCACUUAUAACGCGUGUCAACAUGCGUCCGCUUAAUUUUUAAAAGUAAACUAAUUACCAACGAAUUCAUAUUAGAUACUAUCAUCCUAAAGUCUAAAUAAACUUGUAUGACAGUAAAAAAACAGUGACUUAUAUGGCGGAAUGAAUAACCCCCCUGAAGAUUAAACCGCCGCCCAAAUACUGUUUCAUUGUAAAUGAAUUUGUGCAAUUUAUUUUUCAACCAGACAGAUAUCCUAUUGCUAAACCAUUAUGGCGAUAUAAGUACAAAGUGUGCCACGAACGAUGAGACUCGGCGAAUCUAUGGUUCGCCUGCGCAGCAGACGAUAUAGAUCACUUUGCUGUCUCAUCUUUCGUUACGGUAAUUGUACAUGUUGACACGUUAUAAAAGUGAUUAUAGAAUAACUUAAGUAAGGUUAGGUGUUAAGUUAGAUUAAAAGGAGCACGAGGUGCUUGAAGAGAAAUGGGUAUUCGAAAAGCAAUAAUAAUGUAGGCACAAGAAGUCGCGCACCGCUGUCGAGUAGACACAGCAGACUCACCCCGUAGCGUAGCUCGUAGUAACGCCAGAUUCUCUGCUUGCCGGAGACACUGUCUUCACACUCUCCCCGAGUCACAUAUAUUGGAAACAGAUAUAGAAGUAUAUAUAGCCUAUUCUUCUGGUCUAAUCAGAUCAGAUAAUUUAUAUUAUGCUAUUUGUAUGACAUUAUUUCGGAGUAAAAUAGGAUUUUUUAUACAGGGUAUUUUGUUUUUCUCUCUCUCUUUCUAAAAAGCAUAAUGUUUAUCUUUAAGCAUAAUGUUUAUCCUUUUGUAAGUUGCUCCGGCAAGCAGAGAUACAGGUAAACCCCUCUAUUAGUUAGUGCCUCGCAAGUCAAUUCAUCAUGGUGGUUUAAUUUGGGCCCUGUCAAUUAAAAUAAAUUAAUCUUUCAAAAAGACAUAGUUCCUCUAUAUCUCGCACGAGAUAAUAUUAUGUGUCAACGUUUUUAAAAAAUGGAAUAUUUUUUUAUAAAUUUAAAUGUUUGAUCUGUUUAACGAUGGUUUACUAUCGCGGUAUGUUUUCUAAAUAUUACCAAAGUUUUGCUAGAAUUUCUGUCUACAAUCUUCUUGAACUAUCUGAUACUUAGCCGACAUUUUUAGUACUCAAUUUAUGUGAUAUAUGUAAUAAUUUAUAACUCUGUAUAUUUUUGUAGUUGCAUUAAUGCUCAAUAAUAAAAUUUGAAGAUAAAAGUUUACAGCAGUUUACAGCUUCAAUUUAGAUACGAUUGAUUACGAGUAAAAAUUUUAUUUCACACAAGUUAUUUACACGAAACAAUUGAUAGUUCGAGAAGUGUGGCUUGAUUCUGGCAAAUGGACUUGCAAAAUCCAGCCUAGGAUCGACAGCUCAUCAGAUGGAAGCCUCAAGAGGCACUUUACCAGUCCUAGUCUUUAUAUUCCCUAAUCUAAAUAUUCCUACUAGUAGACGUAGUGCCACAUUUUACCUAGGUAGAUAUUAAAAUAAUAAUAAAUAGCUCCUUUCACUCCUUUGAACAUAAAUAGGCUUCACCGGGCAAUGGUCGCGCGUUCUAAGCAAUAUAUAAUGUAAUACAUAAGCAAUAAAACGUAGAAUUUACGUAGUACAUAUUUAUUUCAUAAGAUUUUGGUAGAAUUUUAGAUGUUUUGGUGCUUUGGACAUUACAAUUUACGAACGAAAUUCACAUCGAAUAUUUAGAUGAUAUAAGUAUUUAUUUUUGUUAUAUUUAAUUUUGUGUAAACAAUUUGCGUUCAGUAUUUUUCUCAGAACAAUAUCUGAGAUAUUUUUUAUGAUAAAACUCCUUUUAAAUCGGCUGUCAAACGAUACUUAUUACGAUUAUUAAUUAUUUAAAAAAUAUAUAUCAUAUUUAUAAUACAUGAUUUGUUAUAUUUAUAAAAAAGAAAUAUUGUAAAUAUAUUAUUUCCGUACUCAUGUAAUUUCUACACUUGAAUAUACUCUAAUAUUACCGUGAUAUAAAAUCUUUACGAGUGUAAAUGGUGUGAAGUUGAGAUCACUUGCAGCUUCACUAUGCAAUUUUUAUAAAUUGUAUCUACCUCUUUCGUAGUAUGACAUGAUGUUUAUUUUCUACGAUAUCAUAUAAGUAGAAUAAAUUACUUGUGUUGUAAUUUUAAAUCUGGUAUCAACUUUUUAUCGAUCAGAUGUGAUGUUUGAAAAUCUGUUAUUAUGUAAUUCCAAUCUGCAGUCAGUCUAUGAAGUGUGAAAAUGGAUUUUUAUAGAUCUACAUUUUUUCCCCUGGCAAUACCAAAUCAAAUGGUCAAGAUUGGUUGAUAAAAACCCAGUGUUGCCAGCCAACAGGAGACAGCGUCCUCCUUUAUUUCCUGCUCUUCAUAGUAAGACCGUAGUUCGAUUACAUUCUAAGUAAGCACACGGUUUUAGUAUAACCACGAAAUCAGCGUCGUUUGACAGCAAGUCUAAAAUAAGUGAAACGAAGAGAAUUUCCUACAUUCUUUUUGCUUUCUCUCUUCACUAUUUCGUCUAUACCUAUGUAGAACCUAGUCUUUAUCUAUUCGUCUACUCCUUCGCCUAUUUCCCUAAAUCUCAUAAUAAUUUAGACUUAUUAUAUCUAUGAUACUGUCCAUGGUUUACCUUUCGUAGAAAACGCAAAAUUAACAGCUUUGGAAUUAAAUUAAAUAAAAGGAGAUAUUUUAUUCAAAUAUUUAUACUAACGUUGUUGUAGUGGUUAUAUUAUACAUCUGUAUAGGUAAUUAAGUAAAUAGCUAAUAACUAACGAAACCAACUUAUAUACAAAAAUAUAUACAUUUAAAUGUAAAUACAUCCCUGUGUACCAAAUUUCCCUUCUUUACAAUUUUUGUAGUUGUAGUAUUAUGAAUAACUUUAUAUUAACAUUUAAAUAAAUAGAAAGUACCUAAGUUGAGUACUGUAGGAAACUUAAUAGGCAUAGUAAGUCCACGUUAGAUCACAUAGCUUACACACAGAAAGUUGUUAAAACACACAGAAGUCGACUACCAUUUAUUGAUCGAGUACCUAAGUCCUCAAAACCACGUAAACACCUGCUGUGUAAACAACUUUGGACUUCUCAAGAACAAAUGUAUCUCAGAUCAAUACUACACAGACCUGUAAAUCUUAUUUCAAAUUCCUGUUUGUAUUUCUAGUUGACUUUUAAUUUUGUGAAAUGAUGAUCACUAACGUUUUCUUUUUCACAAUUCAACUGUGGAAAAAGUAAUUUAAAAUGUACAAAACAAUUUAAUGACUUUCAUAAACUUUUGUUUGUAAAAUAACAGCAUAAUAGCAACGGAAGUACGCAAAGCAGUGAUAAAAAAAAUAUGUCCAAAUUAGCAAUAUAUAAGCAAUAAAAAUAUUAGACUAUACAUAGAAUAGUUUUAGGAUACUUACAUAAGAAGCAAUACUAAAGCAAUAUUUUUUUCAUAGAUUUAGUUGAGUUAAAAUAAAGUCGACAAAAUAUAAGUAGACUGUGACGAGGUGAUAUUUUGAAAAAAGUUUAUUCAAUAUUGGUUAGAACGUAUUUCAAAAUACUUUGAAGAAAAUACUAAAGCUAAUUACUGAAUUGAUAGAUUUAUUAUAGCUAUACCGAUGUAAUGCUCUGUAACUUGGUCCGUUCUAUUUUUUAUUACAAAUUAAGUGAAAUUUCUCAUAAAUCAAUCAACCUAUUAACUAACUAUAUAGGGCACUAAAAUAAUCUUUCGACCCUAUCAUCGAGAGGAUUGUUUUGUGUAUGUAAUUACAUAAGCCAAGUUUAAAUCAAUAUUAUAAUAUCCUGGAUUAAUAAGGCCUUGCUUGGGUUAAUUUUAUCAAAAAGCUGUCCUGUGUUCAUGAAGUACAUGCGUAAUAAGUAUAGGAAUCAAGCAAUAUUAAUACCUUAAGAUUAGUGGUAUCAUCUUAACACUAAUGAAAAAUAAUUAAAAUUAAAUAUUAAUAACAGUUACAUAUUGCUAUUUUAUGUAAUUAAGUCAUUUUCGGUAUAAAUAAGUCUUUUUAAUUGUUUAUUUUCAGUUAUUUCUAAUAUCAAAUCAAUAUUCUUGGAAUUAUACCGCAAUUUUGCAACCUUGUGUCAUGUAUCUCAACGAAUAUUAUCUAUGUAGAAUGCAGUGAAAAAUCAACGAAGAAUUGUGAUUUUCUAUUGAGACAUCGACUUAGAAAGGUUGAGUUAGGGAGGAAUAGAAAUGAUAGCAAUAAUAAGUAUUACAACGAAUUGUUUCAAAUUGUUAUAGUUUAUUUGCGAGUACAACGAAUACUUUUAUUGUGAAGGGGGUUUCUGGGACAGGACUGGUCCGAAUUGGAAUUAGUUUUAGAGAAAGUAUUAGAUAUGACCUGGUCCAUGUCGCAGGAACCUCCCUAAAGUUGUUUUGUUAGUUGAAUUGGAUAUUGGAUGUCCUUAUUUGAUGGUUAAGUAUACGUAAGUCUAAUAUUUUAGUUCAGUAUACCCUUGUAAUUUAAGAUUGUCAUUAGUAGUACGUAUUGCGUUUGUUUUACAAAAUUGGUUAUUAUAAUUAAGAUCCUCAUUAACAUACCAAAGUUAAUGUUUUUUGUGAUGUUUAUUUUCAAAAUAGAAAAUACUAACAAUUAUUAAUUUAUUAUGUUGUGAUAUUGGUUUAUUUAUUUUUUGUUAAAAGACUAAAUAGCGGCCGAGAUUCUAGUCAGUUAGCGAGUAGGAAGGUCGAGUAGAUGUCGAUACAUAUUGUAAUACCAUUAGGGGUAGAAAGAGAAGUGAUUAUUAAAUAUGUGAUGCAUCGCGUAGUAUGUGAGAGUGAGUAGGCAGGUAGAGUUACUAGUGUAGGCACAGAAUAUAUAGGUACUAAGUUUGCCUUACGAAAGUUUGUAUAAGUGAAUACUGGAAUAAAUAAUGCAACUCUCAACACACACACACACACUCUAAAAACAGAAGAUAAAUUUCAUUAAGUAUCCAGUUCAGUAGGUAAUAAAUGUAUACAUUUUUAUCAAAACUUUAAUAAAAACUGUUCAAAAAAUGAAGAAACCAAACUAUUUCAUACACAAUAUUCGAUAUUAAGAUCAACAGAUCAACAAAUCGUGUAAAGCACAAUUUUGAAUAAAAAUUAUGCCCAUGAUAAUAUAUAUUUGUGAAAUGUUUGCGUCCUAGCUUUCGACAAAUAUUUUCUCGAGUUAUGAAGUGUCCGUUGAUUCAUUAUCUGUAUCGUGAAGACCAAUAAUAUCGGAAAUGUAUGUCUUUUGUACUACGGCGUAGUUGUAACGGCUAGCUCCUGAGACCAAGACCAAUGUUGCACACUAGUGCAUAAUUAACAUAAUAGGUAAUUACUAUAAUUCAGAGAUAGUAGAUUACGACAUGAAAAUUGUUAAUUUUUUUUUACGUUUCAUACGUUUUUAUACAUAAUUGGUGUAAUCAAAAAUAUUAUCUACCAAAUUAGCUAAUCAAAAUUAGGAAUACAAAACUAGUCAUUAUCACUUAACUUCAAUUAAUAUUUUUCAUAAUAGAAUUUGCUUUUAACAUUUCAAAGAGUACGUUUUUUGUAACUCUAUUAGUGUGUCAAUUUUUAAUUCACUUAAUCCUUCCUAAUAUGCAAUUAAUAUAUUAUACCUAUACCAAAAGUACCUACAGAGUUAGAACUAAUAUUGCAUGAAUUAUAAUUGUAUAGCGUAAUAUAAAUUAGUACAUGUAAUUGAGCGUUAUUUACGACAUUCCCUAAAGUUGCAUUUAAUUUAUAAAUAAUGACUUUUAAUUUUGGAGAAAGGUUUUUAAAUUUAAGUGUAUGUAAAACAUUUUUAUCUAUAUUCGUACCAUAUUGAUAAAAAUAAAUUACCUACAUUAAAUUUAAUAAGUACUUCUGCAAAAAUAUCUUCAGAUUUAGGGGUACAGAUAGAAAAUAAAAUAAGUAAUAAAUAUACCUACCCUAGUAAGAAAUUUUAGCGCUCAACAUUUGAGUGUCUAUAAUAUAUAUAUUUACUGUAUUCGAACUACAGUAGCAAUACAGUGAUUUAUAACUUAUUUAUGUGAGUGUGUGUACCCAGAUUAACUUAAUUAGUAUAGAUACGAUAAUACCCUAAAUAAUCAAAAGCGAAUAGUUAAAAUAUAAAACUAAAUAUGAAAUAACGUAAGCGCAUCAUAUGAAACUGUACCUAAAUAAGAAACAGAUAUUAUAAUAACAAGCGAUUUAAUUGUUAAUAUAGCAUGUUAUUUUAAAGAAUUUAAAUGAUUUUGAAUUCUUUAAAUUCAAUUAAUAGACAGACACGCACUCACAUAAAUACACCGCAUUCGCCUUCCAACAAUAUCUACAGUUUAAAAAUCUUAGAAAGUAAUAUAUAAAUUGUUUUGCGAUAAUUUGUGUGUUGUCAACAUAAUUUCGUGUAUUCACUAUGUACUGUAACUGUAAUUUAAAUCUAAGAACCUAGGGUCCACUGAUAAUGUAGGUGUUGCCUAGUCGAAGUAGCCAUUGUAUUAUAUCACUCAUUCAGUUACAAUUACAUUGAUUUAAUUUUUUUUUUCAUUUAUCAAAUUUUUAUGUGUUUAGUACUUAUUAGAGUUUGUAUUUGAACAGUCACAAUAAUCUCAAGUGUGUUUCCAACUCUUUGUAUUAUAUUCAAAAUGUAUUCAAAGAUACUCAAUUAUUUUAUUUACAACUGAUUGAUAUCUACAGAGAUUGAUGCACAAAAACAAUGUUUCUAGGUUGGAUGGUACAUUUUCUAGUCUUAAGUUGUGUACAGUCAACAACACAUCAAGCUACCCAAGGGCCAAAAUUCAUUGCUCGCCAUUAUUGCCGCGGCAUAAAUCCAGGCAGGGUUACUUGACAUGCGGUCGAUUGUACCCUGUUUAAACGUAUUAAUAUUUGCGUUGGGUCUUUUGGUCAUUGCGAUUGUUUUAAUUAUUCAUAAAAAUAAAAAUGUAUUGUAUAAAAC